CUUUUUCCUUCCUCAGAUAACAUCUUUGUGCCCAACAAGAAUGGAUUCUAUUGUCACUCCCAGACAAGUUUGGACAGAACCCAAAUGGACCUCAGUGGCCGCAUCCGCAAUGGCAGCGUGUACAGCGCACACAGCACGAACUCCUUAAAUACGCCCCAGCCCUACUUGCAGCCCUCCCCUAUGUCCUCCAACCCAAGUAUUAGUGGCAGCGAUGUCAUGAGACCCGACUACAUCCCAUCCCAUCGGCACAGCGCCCUGAUCCCCCCGUCUUACCGCCCCACCCCCGACUAUGAGACUGUGAUGAAGCAGCUCAACAGAGGCAUGGUGCACGCAGACAGGCACAGUCACUCUCUGAGGAAUCUCAACAUUGGCAGUUCCUACGCCUACAGCAGGCCCGAUGCCUUGGUCUACAGCCAGCCUGAGAUUCGGGAGCAUGCACACCUUACCUCCCCCCAGUCGGCUCACUACCCGUUUAACUUGAACUACAGUUUCCACAGUCAGUCUCCGUACCCCUACCCAGCUGAGAGGCGACCGGUGGUGGGUGCUGUCAGUGUGCCCGAGCUGACAAAUGUGCAGCUCCAGGCCCAGGACUACCCAGCUCCAAACAUUAUGAGAACCCAGGUCUACCGGCCGCCCCCGCCGUACCCAUACCCGAGGCCCGCCAACAGCACCCCAGACCUGUCCCGUCACCUCUACAUCAGCAGCAGCAACCCGGAUCUUAUCACCAGGCGCGUCCACCACUCGGUGCAGACCUUCCAGGAGGACAGCUUGCCAGUGGCGCACUCUCUGCAGGAGGUCAGCGAGCCCCUCACAGCAGCUCGGCAUGCCCAUCUACAGAAGAGGAACAGUAUUGAAAUUGCGGGGCUCACACACGGCUUCGAAGGCCUGAGGCUCAAGGAGAGGACCAUGUCUGCGUCGGCGGCAGACGUGGCUCCACGGACUUUCUCAGCGGGCUCCCAGUCCAGUGUCUUCUCUGACAGAACAAAGCAAGAGGAGAGUGAAGAACAGGACAGUGACAGGUACAGCCACAAGAAGUCCCUUUCUGAUGCCACCAUGCUGAUACACAGCAGCGAGGAGGAAGAGGACUUGGAUGAGGACCACAGCAGAGCACACACUGUCUCAGCUGUGUCUGAGCCCCGCCUGACCGCCACUUACUCUCAGGAGCAACAGCUGAGCUACCCCUGUGCUUCGGUGACCACAGUCCCCGGCCCUCUGCAUAUCCUUGAGCCCAAGUCCCAUUUUACGGAGCCUGAGAAGAGGGUGAAGGACAUCAGCCCUGUCCACCUGCUGGUGGAGACCCAUCGGCCCCGGAGAGAUGGGCUGCUGACCCCCUCCAUGUCGGAGUCUGACCUCACCACUUCAGGGAGGUACCGAGUGAGGAGGGACUCUCUCAAGAAAAGGCCAGUGUCAGAUCUCCUCUCUGGGAAGAAGAACAUCGUGGAAGGACUUCCACCACUCGGGGUAAGCUGGUGCAGGAGCAGAGGUGCCUCAGACAGGGAGGACAGACCCUUAAUAUUUGUUUUCAACCUUUAACUACUCUGUCUGCUCUUCCCUCGGUACCCGCCGUUUCUCAGCUCUUUACUUUUUCUCUUACCUGUCA